AUGUCGGCCAAGAUCUACCGGUCGCAUUAUCCAGAUCUAGACAUCAUAUCGGAGGAUUUGAUUUCAUAUAUUUUCUCCAACCCAUUCAAUGUUCCUCAUGAUAAACCAAUAUACAUUGACGCCCAAUCGGGGAAACAGUACACAUACGCGGACGUGAUCCGGCGCACUAAGUCCCUAACAAACGGGCUCCAGCAGACUUUCGGUCUCCGGAAGGACGAUGUCGUGGCCUUGUUCAGCCCAAACACUAUUGAAUAUGCAAUUAUAUGCUAUGGUAUCGUGGGAUCUGGCUGUCUUGUUGCCCCUACCAGCGCUGCCUUGACAGCCCUUGAACUGAACGCGCAGUUGAAGACAAGUGGGGCGCGUUUCAUAGUCGCGCACUCUUCCCUGCUUGAAACAGCUAGGAGAGCAGCAAAAGGAACGGCUGUGGAGAAGGUCAUUCUCUUAGACGGCGCCUCUCCCGUCGAUAGUCAAGCAACAUGCGAGCACCUCGCCAGCACAUUUCCCCAAGGUACUCUUGCGACAAUCUCGCCCGCCGACGCCGCAAAGAGACCCGUUUUUAUCUGCUUUUCUUCUGGCACGUCUGGACCGUCCAAGGGGGUCGUGUCAACCCAUCAGAACAUUACUGCCAAUCUUCAACAAUGGCGAGCUCUAAUGCUCGAGACUGGCUCUCCGGCGCAAAGACCACAGCGACGCACCGCCGUUGCAUUCCUCCCGUUCAGUCACAUCUACGGACUCAACCUGUAUAUGUGCCAAUCCAUGGCCUGGGGUACCUCGGUCGUCAUUCUCCCCAAAUUUGAUCUUGAUACCUAUUUGGGCUGCAUUGAAAAGUACCAGCCUGACAUGCUAGCAUUGGUGCCCCCAAUCGCCCUUAUGCUGGUAAAGGAUGAGCGAGUUUCCAAGUACAACCUGAGCAGUGUGAGGCGAGUCAUGUCCGCAGCAGCCCCUCUCACCAGCGAACUUGCUGCAGCCCUAGAAGCCAAAUUCAAAGCUCUCUUCCAGACGGAGGUCUUUUGCACCCAGUCCUGGGGUCUCACCGAGACCUCUCCUAUGGCAACUGGAAUUCCAAAUGACCGACUGGAUAAACGCGAAUCAGGAGUCGGAGUCAUCGCUCCUGGCAUGGAAUUCCGAUUUGUGGACCCCGAGACUAUGAAAGAUGUUGUCGCCAAUCCCGAUGGAUCGACACCAGCAGGAGAGAUCUGGUGCCGCGGACCGAACGUCGUUUCGGGCUAUUAUAACAAUGAAGAAGCGACCAAGAGUGCCUUUUACACUGAGCCUGAUGGAUCCAAAUGGUUCCGCACCGGUGACAUCGGGGCUAUUGAUAAGGAAGGUUACGUUGCUAUCUUGGAUCGCAUCAAGGAGAUGAUUAAGUACAAGGGUCUUCAGGUCAUUCCUAGUGAGCUGGAGGGGAAGCUGAUUGAACAUCCCGAUAUUGAGGAUGCGGGAGUUGUGGGCAUGUGGGCUGAAGAAAGAGCCACCGAGCUCCCGGUUGCUUUUGUCGUUCUCCGCCAGAAGCCCAAGACCAACGAUGUCAAGACUGUCACCGAUGGUAUUCACUCGUGGUUGAAUCCGAAGAUCGCGAACCACAAGCGACUCCGCGGAGGUAUCUUUGUCGUGGAUCAAAUUCCGAAGAGUCCUAGUGGCAAAAUUUUGAGACGUCAGCUCAAGGAUUUGCUCAAGAGCAAAGCACCCAAAGCUCAAUUAUAA